GCGUUAGGCGUUUGGUGUGAACGAGAAAGGAUGUGCUCUACUUUCCUCGAACUGCGAGGAAAACGUUUUUGCGAAAAUAGCUCACCAUUACAAAAAGAAAUACAGGUGGUAAGGAAACAGAAAAUAGAUACUUUAUAAUGUGUCACUCUGAAGGUAUAAGUAAACUAAAAGGACAAGAAGGAAGAAGACGUGGCAGAACGGAAGAAGUGAAAAGUGUAGGAGGGGCAGAGUGGGAUUUUUCCCAGAGGAAGGAAUGCGUGCGUGAGACGGCAGAAGGAAGAAAAAAAGGUGCGUCAGACAGAGAACAGAGGAAAGGAAAAGUGCGGAAUAAGAUGGUCAGGGAAAAUUAAGAGUUAGAGACGUCAACAAAAUGGGAGGAAAUGAAAGGACGAAUUCCGAAUAUGGCAAAGAAUUUUCUGAUGAGGAAUACACCACUGGGGCGCCAUCACUCAAGGAAAAGCUCAUUGCUUUGUACGAAAAAGGUGACGCUUCCCAUGUGCUUCGCCUUAUGGCGGCGGCUACAUAUACGCCCGAGGACAGAAUGAUGACCUCCUGGGAUCCCUUGCUGCUGUGGGUAAGGCCGGGGCGCUGCUGCAUCGAGGCGAUCGCGGACCACGUGAGGGAGGGCCGCUGUCGUGGCCUGGUUUCCGUCGGCUGUGGGACGGGCCUGCUGGAGUGGCUGGUUAGCGCGCUCACGGGCAUAUCUGUCUCAGGCUACGAAAUCAACGCCGAUUGGUGGGCGUCGCCGUACUCGCCGCCAAGAUUCAUCCCCCUCGUCUUCGUCGAGCCAGACGCCCCCCCGCCCGCCGUCCCUCCGUCGCACGCCCUCAUGUGCUGCUACUUCAACAAUGGGGACGCUUUUAGGAAAUACGUUGACUCAUACGACGGUCCUGUAAUGAUCAUCAUUGGAUCCAUUGAUAAGAACAGGCACACGGACCCUCGUCCACUUGAUUAUGCCCACGUUCACCCAUGGAGUCUGACGCACACCCACCCAAUCACUGACACCGACCUCAUUGGCUUCUACGUUCGAGACCAACUCAAACAAGAGGCUGUAAGGAAACUGCGGAUGUAACCGUACAAGCUAAUUAGGAUUCGUAACAAUUCCACUUCAUCAGAUAUAUUGUAAUGAGUAUUCUGUAUGUGCAAAUGGUCUUGAAACAUAAAGGAUAGUGUGCCUUUUCAAUUUCACGUUUGCUUAGCGUCCAAAAAAGAAGCCGUUAUUGUGCAGUAAUAUUAUCAAAUAAAAGUCACAUCUCAUAAAAUACAUUUUGUGCUGGGCUGCUUUCCAGACCCACCGGUAUUCUGAAUCUGGCUGUCAAUAAUCUGAUUUUCAAUGGUCCAACCUGGAAAUCUGUUUUAUGGAAGCAUGUGUAUCUGCAUAUUUUCACAUACAUUAAUAGUGUGAAGGAUUCUAUCAAGAAAAGUAUUUCGGUGUAAGGUUAACAACAUUUAUUGUAUAACAUUAUUGUACUUGUAAAUAGAUUUGUAAUAAUAUUCUGUUGAAGAGAGCAGGAAAAAAAUAAUAAUUAAAGGAGCGAAUAAAUUAUAAAAUGUAAAAAUUGCCCGAACCAUCUAACAUACUCAGUGUUUUUUGUCUGCAGCUGUAUGAUACGUAAAGGUAAAGUAUUAGUAAAGGAGUGUCAUUUUGGGUGGGGGUAUGAGAUGCUACCCCCUCAAGUUUU